AUGAAUAGUCUGUAUUCAGCCGGUGGUCUGAUCGGUUACCUCACCGCGGGCUGGCUAGCCAACAAGAUGGGUCGUAAACGCUCCAUCCAAAUUAUCUGCGCCAUUUGCGUUGCGGCGUCCGUAUUUACCACCGCUAGUGUUAAUAUCGGUAUGUUCCUUGCUGGACGCGGCAUCCAAGGCCUGGGCUUAGGCAUGACUGAUACCAUCUGCCCCCUGUACCAGUCCGAAAUAUCCCCUGCUCAUGGACGUGGCCGAAUGGUUGGCAUGCAUGCCGUUUUUCUUGCUUCUGGUUAUGCUGAUGCGAGCUGGGUUGGUCUAGGCUGUUACUUUGAAGACAACCCCGAUAUACAAUGGCGUCUGUGUAUCGCGUUUCAAAUUCUUGCUCCGCUUAUGCUUCUUCUAGGAAGUCAUGUGAUCCCCGAGUCACCUCGAUAUCUCAUCUAUAACCGAAGGGAUGAGGAAGGCCUCCAAGUCUUGAUGAAGCUUCAUUCCUAUUCCGAAGACCUCGACAGUCGAUACGCCUAUGCCGAGUUCGAGCAGAUCAAACAGCAGGUCGAACUUGAUCGCGCAUCCGAACGAUCCUGGCUGGCAUUAUGGAAGGCACCUAACACUAGAAAGCGAAUGAUUUUCGGUUUCCUGGUCAUCGCCAUAGCUCAAAGUAGCGGAGUCCUGAUUGUCUUGUAUGAAGGCCUGGGCAUUACUGGAUGGAAAGCUAUUCUCCUCCUUUCAAUUUACACCAGCUGGGCAGCCUUUAUGAACUGGAUCAAUGCGAUAUUACUGGACCGUAUUGGCCGAAUAAAGCUCAUGGUUAUCGGAAUGAUAUACUGGGGCGGCGAUCGCAAUCUCAUGCGAGAGCGCCAUGGUCGCGAGGUUCGCAGUGUUUAUCUUUCCGAGAUCUUCCCCACAUGGAUGCGAGCACAGGGUGUCUCGUUUUCAGUCGCUGGGUUGUUUACCACAACAUUGCUGUACACAGGUUCGGCAUCUGUUGCUUUUUCUAAGAUUGGAUGGAAGUAUUACCUUGUUUUCAUCUUCGCGUCUUUGGUCGCCACUGGCGUCAUCUGGUGCUUUUUCCCCGAGACCAAUGGUCUCUCCCUUGAGCAGAUCGGUGUCCUCUUCGGCGAUGAGGUUGCCACUGCUGCACCAGAGUUGACUGCCAACGGCAUGAAAGGAGUCCACACCUUGACGACGGGAAUCGAGGUUUCGGACGGGGACAUGAAUGGUAGCCGAGACGCCAAAGAGAGUAAGGAACUGAAAGUAUAG